ACAGACCAAUAGGGCAGCAACUUCAACCUCACAUUGGCUUUUCCAGCUUUUGCAUUCGUGGUCAUGAAACCCAUAGAGAUUCUCAAUGCAUGCAAGUAAAGGGACGGUGCUAAGAGAAGUCAAGCAAUCAUCUUUCAUUAUUCAAGAAACCAUAAAUUUUUAACACAAGCACUUCUCUCUCUCCCUCUCUCUCUUUCUAUAUAUAUGUAGACUUUUGUUCCAUUCUUUUCUUCUAAGUCAAUUAAUAUUGAAAGAUGGAUCGCUACGAGAUAUUGAAAGAUAUUGGAUCAGGAAACUUUGGAGUUGCUAAGCUUGUUAAAGAUAAAUGGAGUGCUGAACUCUUUGCUGUCAAGUAUAUUGAGAGAGGCUUAAAGGGUCUGUUCUUUUUGGUUUUCCAGAUUGAUGAACAUGUGCAGAGAGAGAUCAUGAACCAUAGGUCGUUGAAGCACCCCAACAUAAUUAGAUUCAAAGAGGUCUUUCUCACACCCACUCAUUUAGCCAUAGUCAUGGAAUAUGCAGCUGGAGGAGAACUUUUUGAGAGAAUUUGCAAUGCUGGUAGAUUCAGUGAAGAUGAGGCAAGAUUUUUCUUUCAACAACUCAUUUCAGGGGUUAGCUACUGCCAUUCUAUGCAAAUUUGCCAUAGAGAUCUCAAGCUGGAAAACACUCUACUAGACAGCAGCUCAGCGCCGCGUCUUAAGAUAUGCGACUUUGGCUAUUCCAAGUCUUCUGUAUUACAUUCUCAACCCAAGUCUACAGUGGGAACACCAGCCUAUAUUGCACCAGAGGUCUUGUCUAGAAAAGAAUAUGAUGGCAAGAUAGCAGAUGUUUGGUCUUGUGGGGUUACCUUGUAUGUGAUGCUGGUUGGUGGUUAUCCAUUUGAAGAUCCAGAAGAUCCAAGAAACUUCAGAAAAACCAUUCAGAGGAUCCUUAGUGUCCACUACUCCAUUCCAGACUAUGUUAGAGUUUCCACAGAAUGUAAACAUCUUCUAUCUAGGAUUUUUGUAGCCAAUCCUGAAGAGAGAAUAAGAAUGCCAGAAAUUAAAAAGCAUCCUUGGUUGCUAAAGAACUUGCCUAUAGAAUUCAUGGAAGAGGAGGAAGGUAGCUUGCAAGACAACGAAAAAUGUGAAGACUCCCAGAGCAUUGAAGAAAUAUUAACGAUAAUUCAAGAGGCCAGGAAUUCUGGAGAGGGUCCCAAACUAGGUGGACUUUUAAUUGGAGGGAGCAUGGAUCUUGAUGAUAUAGAUGAUGCUGACAUAGAUGACAUAGAGACAAGUGGAGAUUUUGUUUGUGAUCUAUAAGUAAAAUUGAAAUUAAAUGGCCGUAUAAUGCCAUUCUUUUCAUGUAUAGGAGGUGGUGUUAUUGAGAUUUUCCUUGGCAUGGAAGCUUGUGUUCCUCUUUUUAUUUGGAUUUGUGUACAAUCUUGUCUUUUUAUUUGGAUUUCUUCUUAGUUUUCUAACAAUUCUCUUAAAUUCUCU